CGUUCGCUUUCACGUCGCUUUUAAGUUCUCCCUUAUAACCUGAGAGGCGUGGAACUUUUCUUCUCUCUACUUUCUUCGUUUAAGCAUUACUAUGGCUCCCAAAAGUGACACAAAACGUACUCUUACGGGCACAGACCUCCUCCAUGCUGACGAUGGACUUGGUCAUGGCGCGGAAGUAGCACCCUCCAUAUCUGUGACGUCCACCUUCAGGGCUACCCUACGGCCGGACAGCAAUCCGCCCAAACAAGAUGACUUCCUGAGCACAAUCAGAAACCCCCCUAGUCACUUGUACUCUCGUUACACGCAAAGUGUCAGCACGCGGGCAGAGCAUGUGCUGAGUAAAAUCAACGGCGGAUAUGCCAUCACCUACGCAUCAGGUUUAGCUGCUUCCUAUGCCGCGUUAGUAUCCUUGCAACCAAAGCGCAUUGCUAUCUCCGGCGGAUAUUACGGGUGCCACGAAACCAUUCACGUCUACCAGCACACGCGAGGGGGGGACGUGCCAAUGAUUGACAUCAACGACGAGUUUCAGCCAGGUGAUCUCUGCUGGUUGGAGACCCCCCUCAACCCGACAGGCGAGGCCAGAGACAUCAAGUACUACGCCGACAAGGUGCACGCGGCCGGUGGACGGCUCAUAGUUGAUUCGACAUUCGCUCCUCCACCGCUUCAAUACCCGUUCAAAUGGGGAGCAGACAUGAUCCUACACAGCGGCACGAAAUAUUUCGGUGGCCACUCUGAUCUCCUAUGCGGCGUGCUCAUCGUUCCAACCGAGGAUGAGUGGAAGACGCUGUGGUCUCAGCGUACUUUCCUCGGCUCUAUGAUGGGUUCACUCGAGUCGUGGUUGCUCCUGCGCUCUCUCCGUACAUUGCACCUGCGUGUGCCCCGUCAGUCAGAGACUGCUACAAGCCUUGCUCACUGGCUGAGCCAGGCCGCCGGAGGCAAGGCUUGGGAUGGAAUCCCGGCAGGGCUUAUCGACAAGGUCUGGCAUUCCAGUCUACAAGGCACGGACGCCAGGGGAUUCAAACCCAAGGCACAAAUGGAGGGCGGCUGGAAUGCGACAUUCGCCAUCUUUAUGACAGACCCGGAGUACGCUAGAUUGCUACCGCACUCGCUAACAUACUUCGUUCCUGCAACGAGCCUUGGAGGCGUAGAAUCGCUCAUCGAGCAACGCGCCUCCGUCGACCCCACGGCGGACCCCCGCCUCGUCAGGAUUAGCGUUGGUGUCGAAGAUCUAGAGGAUCUCAAAGAUGACCUGCGCCGCGCGCUGCAGGAGAUUGUGCGACCCAGGGCAAGGCUAUAAUUAUGCUGUAUUAUACCCGCCGGCGCGCCGGCGCCGUGUAUCUAUAUGAUGUGUCGACAGACAUUACGAACCGCUUCAAUCUGCAAAUCUCUGUAGAAAUAUCAUUGUCCAGUCGUCGCGCAAAUGAUUUGAUAUCCAUUACGUUUU